GUUGUCAUUUGCACAUGGUGUUGUUUGAAUUGUUGAAGUUUAUAUUUGAUAAAUUUUCUUGUUUUUCACAACUUUUUUAUCACGAAAUCAAGUAGAAAAAUGCAAGGAGGAUCACCGAUAAUUGUUUUAAAUCAGUCAACAAGGCGUGAAUCAGGUCGUAAAGUACAACUUGGUAAUGUACAAGCCGCAAAGACAAUCGCAGAUGUUAUUCGAACAUGCCUUGGACCCCGUGCAAUGCUGAAGAUGUUGAUGAAUCCUAUGGGGGGCAUUGUAAUGACAAAUGAUGGUAAUGCAAUAUUGCGUGAGAUUCAAGUCCAGCAUCCUGCAGCAAAAACAAUGAUUGAAAUCAGUCGUACUCAAGAUGAGGAAGUCGGAGAUGGUACUACCUCUGUUAUCAUCUUAGCGGGUGAAAUGAUGUCAGUGGCAGAACAAUUUCUUGAACAGCAGAUGCAUCCCACUGUAGUGAUCGGGGCAUAUCGUCAAGCGCUUGAGGACAUUUUGAAAAUCAUGAAAGAAGAAAUCAGUCUUCCUGUUGAUGUGAAUGACCAGGAGCUUAUGAGAAAAAUUAUCAAAAGUUCAGUUGGCACCAAAUUUAUCAAUAAGUGUGGUAACCUAGCAUCUGACAUUGCUUUGAAAGCUGUCAAGACUGUGUUACGAGAGGAGAAUGAUAAGAAAGAGAUAGAUAUAAAAAACUAUGCUAAGGUUGAGAAGGUACCAGGUGGAACAUUAGAAGAAUCUUGUGUAUUAUCUGGUAUAAUGUUGAAUAAGGAUGUAACUCAUGCUAAAAUGAGAAGGAAAAUUCUAAAUCCAAGAAUAGUUUUACUGGAUUGUCCUUUAGAAUAUAAAAAAGGAGAGAGCCAGACUAACAUGGAGCUGUCCAAGGAGGAAGACUUCACACGGGCUUUAGAGUUGGAAGAAGAGUUCGUCAAGCAAAUGUGUGAUGAGAUUAUAGCUGUUAAACCCGAUUUAAUUUUUACUGAGAAAGGUGUUUCAGACCUGGCACAGCAUUACCUCAUGAGGGCGAAUAUUACAGCAAUUCGUCGGGUGAAGAAGACUGAUAACAACAGACUUUCAAGAGCUUGUGGUGCCACUAUUGUUAACCGAACUGAUGAGUUGCAAGAAUCAGAUGUCGGGACAGGAGCGGGAUUGUUUGAAAUUAAGAAAAUUGGUGACGAAUAUUUCUGCUUCAUAACCCAGUGUAAAAACCCGAAAGCGUGCACAAUCUUACUCAGAGGACCAAGCAAAGAUAUUCUACAUGAGGUUGAACGUAAUCUGCAAGAUGCUAUGAACGUAACUCGAAAUGUUAUAAUGAAUCCCAUCCUGGUCCCAGGUGGAGGGGCUUGUGAGAUGGCUGUAUCACAUGCGUUGACGGAGAAAGCAAAGUCGGUACCAGGGAUUCACCAGUGGCCUUACAAAGCCGUUGCGACUGCGUUAGAAGUGAUCCCGAGAACUCUCAUCCAAAACUGUGGUGGCAAUGUAAUUAGGACAUUGACAGCGUUGAAGGCUAAACACGCGACACCAGGGAACCAUACUUGGGGAGUGAAUGGUGAAACAGGAAAACUACAAGAUAUGAAAGAACUGGGAGUCUGGGAUACUUAUUCAGUCAAGGCCCAGACGGUUAAGACGGCCAUAGAGACGGCCAUAUUGUUGCUACGUAUUGAUGAUAUUGUAUCUGGUACAAAGAAAAGUGAGGGACGACGGGGACACUCGGGUGCUCAGCCUACAGAUGCCUCGUUAGCGGAAUAUAUAUUUAUUACCAUAUAA